AUGGCCUCUCUAACCUCUGUGAUAACAGCAGCCACUAUUUACCAGAAGCAGCAAGUCCCCGAUGGUAAGAAGCAGCCAACCACUGUGCAAUCCAGUUCAUCGUACACGCAGCUACGUACGACCCAGUCCUCCUUCUCGUGUACCAUAGUUUGUCGGCUAGAAUUGUUCUCGAUGAUGGUGAGAGGGGGAGCAAGCAUGGAGACAGAUGAGAGGCUUACGACGAAGCCUCAACGGAACUCGACCAGGCUAGGUGGCCUCGACAUGACAGCCCCAAUGGCUAGCAUGGGUUAG